AUGGCAAACCCACUCAUCAGUAGUCACCAUGGCAAGAAGAACAAGUACACUCAGGCUUUCUUAGACCAGAAUGGGCCGGGAGAUGGCCGACCUACGGCUCUUGAUAUUCUCCAAGACAACAACUGUAUUGGCACUAUGAAAGAUAAAGUCUUUCUUCUCACUGGAUCCUCUGGAGGCAUCGGCAUUGAAACUGGUCGGGCACUGGCCGCUACUGGGGGCAGAGUGUAUCUGGGCGUUCGUGACGUUGUCAAAGGCCAGGAGGCUCUAGCCGAGGUUCUGGAACCGGGCCGAGUAGAACUAUUGGAGCUAGACAUUGGUUCUAUGGAUAGUAUUCGUGCCGCGGCUGAGCAAUUUCUAUCGAAGUCUACUCAGCUCAACGUUUUGGUCAACAAUGCCGGAAUUACGGCGUGCCCAGAGGCCAAGACGGUAGAUGGUUUCGAGUCACAGCUUGCUAUCAACUAUCUUGGACACUUCUUGCUGUACAAGUUGCUUGAACAAACACUGUUGACCAGCUCCACGCCAGAGUUUGCAUCCCGCGUCGUCAAUGUCUCGUCGGCUGGGCAUCACAUGAGCCCAGUCGUUCUGGAAAAUAUCAAUCUCGAGGGUGAAUACGAGGCAUGGAAGGCAUAUGGUAAUGCAAAAACGGCAUGCAUUUGGAUGACCAAUGAGAUUGAGCGCCGGCAUGGCUCCCAAGGCCUUCAUGGUCUCUCGCUGAUGCCCGGCGGCAUUGCCACGGAUCUACAGCGUCAUGUCGACCCAAAGACCUUGGAACAGUGGGUUUUAAGUGAGCCCUCGCGCAAGUACGGAAAGAGUACGGCGCAAGGCGCUGCUACAACUAUGACGGCUGCCUUCGGUAAGGAGUGGGAAGGCAAAGGUGGUGUCUAUCUGGAGGAUUGUCAGGAAGCUGGUCCAGUGCCCGACGGUGGCACACUGGCUGUAGGCGUGGCACCACACGCGUUCAAUCCCGAGGGUGAGAAGGCCUUGUGGGCUCUUUCUAUCGAGAUGUUGAAUCUUGUCGAAUAAUAUUCGGGCUACUUGGUCUUCAUGUAUAUAGAAUGUCAAGUUACACGUCGAUAGAUAUGUCUUAUAUUAGUAUUACGGAGCGCCUCGGUAGGCACCUCCAUCUCCGCAGGUACAUUCGGAAGACACCUCAUAAGGUGU